UAAUCCCUGUAAUCUGAUUGGCUCUUCCCACAGAAACCGCCCCCUGCUGCAUAUGUCCGGUAGGUGGAAAAGGUGGAAAACUUUGGGAUUAUUUCGCUACACUGCGCCAGUCCGAUGACCUUUGAGUGAUGAUGUUGGGGCAUGCGUCCGCGUGGCCAUGUGAAACACAUCGACAGCAAUGAGCAAAGAGUAUCCACGGAUUGAAAUGGACCUGGCUUUUGGGUCAGCAAAGCCCUAUGGAUCCUCGAGAAGUAUUGUGAGGAGAAUAGCUGCUAGUCUUCCCAUUAAACCCUGCCCCAGGGUCCAAUUUCAGCUUUAUCCGUACAGAGAGGAAUGUGGUGUCCUGAUUAACUCCAGGAGGCAGAACGCCCUGGUGGCCUCUCUGGCAGAUGUCGCUUGGAUCGACAGGGAUGAGGAAGAGGAAGAUGACGAUAACUACUCUGGCGCAGCCAGGUCAGGGAUACCACCAGGACUCAUGUUUCGAGUCCAGCAGCCUCACCCUCAGAGAAAACCACUAACCCGGCGGAGGUCAUUACCCAGCCUGCAUCAGGGAGCUCAGGACCCGCAGGGGCCGACAGCGGCGAACGAUGAGGCCAUUCAGAAGAUCAGCGCACUGGAGACUGAACUUGCAAAACUUAGAGCUCAGAUAGCACAAAUUGUUCUGGCUCAGGAGAAGAAUGCACAGCCAGCUGCCACCACAGGGGCACCUCCUCCUCCUCCUCCGCCCUGUGGCAACCAGCCACCUCCACCCCCUCCACCACCUCCUCCUCCACUACCACCACCCCCAGGCAUACAGCGUUCAUUUUCAGUUAUCGAUUUGAUAAGAGAGCGCAAAGGGAAGAAGACAGACUGCCCGACCGUUUUGGAUGCCAGGCCAGCAGAAAUUCCCAACAUGCUGGACGUCCUGAAGGACAUGACCAAAGUCAAGUUACGAUCGGUGAAAAGUCGUCCGGUGGAAGAUGAUACCAAAGCGAAGUCCAUGGAGCCGACCGACGCUGCAGCUCUCAUCGCCGAAGCCCUGAAGCGCAAGUUCGCCCAUCGUUAUCGACGCAACAGCGAACACGAUGACAAGGAAGAUUUCAAGCUUCCUGUUCCGGAAGUGAAACCUCAAAGCGAAACCCCACUGUUCGGGCAACACAUGUUGAAAGCAACCGGAAAAAGAAAGUUGCUGUGAACACGUGAAUCUGAGCUGGAGGAGGCCCAGAUGUUCUGCACACCCGCUGAAGUGCUUUAUUGACCUUUUAAUGUCAGCUGUUCCUGCAGGAAGGACAGACAAGGGAUUUAGCUUGAAUUAAACCGGCUGCCCCCAAAGUACCAGUCAUCUCAUAGUGUUGCUUCUGGUGAUCAUGCACCAUCUGUUUUUUGCACUUUUUAUAAGUUCUGUAUCAGCUCUCAGUUUCACAAGCAUUGAUUUUGUUUAACUGAACGUCUCUUCUUUCCGUUUUAAGAGUCACGCUUUCUAAAAAAAAAGUCUCGCAGCACUACGGCAUUAUUUAAUGUUAUCAGUUCAUUUAUUUAAUCAGUGUUUAGGGUUUUUGUUGUUGCACACGGCCUACUUGAUCAGCUUUGUGUUCACAUUUUUUGCGAGCGAUAAAGCUGAAGGGAUCUUCUAUCACAGAAGAAAGGAGCACUUUCCAACAUGUGGAAUAUUGUGCGUAUACAUCUGUAACUUGUGGACUAAUUUAUGAUUAGGUUCUAUCUAUUUAUGUUGUGGUUUAAGGUAUAAUUUUGUUUUUAACUGUUAAUUGUGUCCUAGAUUUGUCUGUUAUUAAUUCCAGGUGUUCAGAGUUGUUCAUCUGCUGAGCCUCUGUGAGUUGUCCCAGUCUAUAAAUUGCCGUUAGCAGCCAAAGAUAUUCCACUAAUGUCUUUUAAGCAUGUCACUGCCAAAAUCCCAAUUAAAAUGAUGCCUAAAUAUUGAGAAAAGUGUAAAUCCAUAUUUCUAGUAAAUCAAUGGUACAUGUGCAGUGUUGUGUUCCUUAAUCAGUACCUACCUCUGUCGAUAGAGUUGCCUUUUGUCACCAAACGUCAUGUACAUAGAUGGGUCUGAUUUGACCUCACAUUUAAACAGAAUUAAUGGGUCCUAAGGUACCCACAGUCAUCAGUGUCCCAAAGCUAUUUAACGCUGUCAUGUUCAUUAUCAUGUUGUGACGUGAGUAAUUGAUUUCACUACGUUUUCCAUUCCUGAUCACUAUUUAUGUCGUAGUCGUUGCUGCUUCAGGUCGACUCCGGUGCCUUUUUAUAAAGGGAAGUGGACUGAGUGUGUCAGUAGCGGCUGUGAUUUCAAUUUUAGUUUUGUCUGUAAAAAUAAAUUGUCUAAUCCCUUAAUAAAAGUUUCUAUCCUGA